AUAAAAGCACGUGUUUCUUUCUCUUUGAGCGGUGGAAGCGAGUGCUUCGGACAUCUUAACUCAUCGACCAAUUAAGUCAGAGGAUAACUUAGCUAAUUAUUAUAUUAUCAGCAGUCAUGGCUAAUCCCAGAGUUUUCUUUGAUGUUGUGCACAAUAAGCAACCACUGGGGCGCAUUGUCAUGGAGCUUUUUGCUGACAAAGUGCCCAAAACAGCAGAAAAUUUCCGUGCCCUGUGUACUGGUGAAAAAGGCUUUGGAUACAAUGGUUGUGUGUUCCACAGAAUUAUCCCAAAAUUUAUGAUCCAGGGUGGCGAUUUUACCAUGGGCAACGGCACAGGAGGGAAAAGUAUUUAUGGAAAGAAGUUUGCAGAUGAAAACUUCAUAUAUAAGCAUACAGGACCAGGUGUGCUGUCUAUGGCCAAUUCAGGACCAAACACCAAUGGUUCCCAGUUUUUCAUUACAACUGUUAAGACUGAGUGGCUGGAUAAUAAGCACGUGGUGUUUGGCAAGGUGGAGGAGGGCAUGGAUGUUGUGCAGAUGAGUAACCCGAAGGUAUACUUUGAUGUUAGUGCCGACGGCAAUGCGCUCGGGAGGAUCGUCAUGGAGCUGCGCGCUGAUGUUGUACCAAAGACAGCAGAGAACUUCCGUGCCCUGUGCACUGGAGAGAAGGGGUAUGGGUACAAGGGGUGCGUAUUCCACAGGGUCAUUCCAGGUUUCAUGCUCCAAGGGGGCGAUUUUACCCAUGGCAAUGGAACUGGUGGCAAGAGCAUUUAUGGGGAGAAGUUUCAAGAUGAGAACUUCCAGUUGAAGCACACUGGCAAAGGAACUUUGUCCAUGGCCAAUGCUGGACCUAACACAAAUGGUUCCCAGUUUUUCAUCUGUACCGUCGAGACAGGCUGGCUCGAUGGCAAGCACGUUGUGUUUGGUACCGUAACAGAAGGCUUGGAUGUUGUCGACAAGAUCGAGGCAUUCGGCAGCCAGAGUGGCAAGACCAGCAAAAAAAUUGCAAUUAACAAUUGCGGUCAGCUGUAGGAAUCUGAUCAUGUCAUAAAUAAUUUCUAUAUAAGGAAUUUGAUCAGGCAGUGCAUUUUUCACAAUGUACUAAAUCAAUUGUAAUUGUUUAGUACAGGACAUCUUUUUAUUGAAAGGAGGAUCUCGAGUCAAAUUUUUUUCUAUUUCAUUUACAAAAUUUUGUCAUAAUUCUCUGAGAGAAGAUUCUCAUCUGUUUUCGACUAGCUUUAUUUGUUCCUUCAUGCAUACUUUUCUAGAAUCUGAACAAAGUGAAGAUCUGAUGUAGAGAAACUUUCAAAAAGCUUUAAUAAAGCCACAUUUCUUGGUACA